AACCUGCAUGGGACCGCUCUGACCCCCCGGGGAAGGGGUUUGGGACCUCGCAGCCCUCCUGUGGAUGCCCCCCGGGAGCCUCGUGUGGGUUCCAUCGAUCACUUCCCUCCUGAUGUGUGUGUCGCACCUGUUCUCCUUCUAGGGCUGCUCCGAAAUCGGGGACGACAGGAAGAACGUGGAGGAGAAAAGUGACAUAAAUAGUGCAGCUCUUGUUGGAAAUGAACAAGUCAGCAAAGUUACAGAUAAUGGUGAUCUCUCUUCGUAUGUGUCUGCAUUUAUAGAAAAGGAAGUUGGACAUGACCUUAAAUCUUUAAAGAAGCUUGAUAAACUCAUAGAACAGAUGACAGAAAAUAAAAUGCAGUUAGAGGAACAGGUACUUACGAUUUCAUCAGAAAUCCCUAAAAGAAUUCAGAAUGCCUUAAAAAAUGCAGAAGAAUCAAAGCAGUUUCUUAAUCAGUGUCUGGAGCAAGAGACUCAUCUAGUCAGUUCCAUUGGUAGCCAUUUGCUGACUGCACAGCCCUGGAUGGAAGAUCUUGGGGCCAUGAUUAACCAAAUUGAAGAGAUAGAACGGCAUCUCGCUUACCUUAAAUGGAUUUCACAAAUUGAAGAACUAAGUGAUAACAUUCAGCAAUAUCUCAUGACCAACAAUGUCCCUGAGGCAGCCUCUACUCUGGUGUCUAUGGCAGAACUUGACAUCAAGCUACAGGAAUCAUCCUGUACUCAUCUUCUUGGUUUCAUGAGAGCCACUGUUAAAUUCUGGCAUAAAAUUCUCAAGGACAGGCUUACAAGUGAUUUUGAGGAAAUUUUAGCACAGCUUCAUUGGCCAUUCAUCGCACCCCCUCAGUCUCAAACUGUUGGCUUAAGUCGACCAGCCACUGCUCCUGAGAUAUAUAGUAACCUGGAGACACUAUUUUGUCAGCUUCUGAAACUACAAACCUCAGAUGAAUUACUUACUGAGCCAAAACAACUUCCAGAAAAAUACUCUCUUCCUGCAUCCUCUUCUGUCAUCCUGCCCAUCCAGAUUAUGCUGACUCCCCUGCAGAAGAGGUUCAGGUAUCACUUCAGAGGGAACCGACAGACUAAUGUUAUAAGCAAGCCUGAAUGGUACUUGACUCAAGUGCUGAUGUGGAUUGGGAACCACACACAGUUUCUGGAUGAGAAGAUUCAGCCAAUAUUAGACAAAGCAGGCUCUUCAGCAAAUGCAAUGCUUGAAUUUUCUCGGGGCCUUAUGAUGCUGGUUCUGGAGAAGUUAGCAGCUGAUAUUCCUUGUCUGCUCUAUGAUGACAAUCUCUUCUGUCAUUUGGUGGAUGAGGUGCUGUUGUUUGAAAGGGAGCUACACAGUGUUCAUGGCUAUCCUGGCACUUUUGCUAAUUGUAUGCAUAUUCUAUCAGAGGAAACCUGUUUUCAGAGGUGGCUGACUGUGGAGAGAAAAUUUGCUCUUCAAAAAAUGGACUCAAUGCUUUCAUCAGAAGCUGCCUGGAUAUCCCAAUAUAAGGAUAUCACUGAUGUGGAUGAGAUGAAAGUUCCAGACUGUGCAGAAACUUUUAUGACGCUCCUCUUAGUUAUAACUGACAGGUAUAAAAAUCUUCCCACAGCUUCCAGAAAGCUGCAGUUCCUGGAGUUACAGAAAGACUUAGUAGAUGAUUUUAGGAUACGACUGACUCAGGUGAUGAAAGAAGAGACCAGAGCUUCCCUUGGCUUUCGAUACUGUGCGAUUCUUAAUGCUGUGAACUAUAUCUCAACAGUGCUAGCAGACUGGGCUGACAAUAUUUUCUUUCUACAACUUCAACAGGCGGCAUUGGAGGUCUUUGCAGAGAAUAACACUCUCAGUAAACUGCAGCUGGGACAACUAGCCUCUAUGGAGAGCUCUGUCUUUGAUGACAUGAUUAACCUGUUAGAGCGUUUAAAACAUGACAUGUUGACCCGUCAAGUAGACCAUGUUUUUAGAGAAGUUAAAGAUGCUGCAAAAUCGUAUAGAAAAGAAAGGUGGUUGUCCUUGCCCUCUCAGUCUGAGCAGGCAGUCAUGUCCCUGUCCAGCUCGGCUUGCCCCCUCCUGCUUACGUUACGAGACCGUUUACUUCAGUUGGAACAGCAGCUUUGCUUCUCUUUAUUUAAAACUUUCUGGCAAAUGCUCGUAGAGAAGCUGGAUAUAUACAUCUACCAAGAAAUCAUUCUUGCUAAUCAUUUCAAUGAAGGAGGAGCAGCGCAGUUGCAGUUUGACAUGACUCGGAAUCUUUUCCCUUUGUUCUCCCACUAUUGCAAGAGACCAGAAAAUUACUUUAAACAUGUAAAAGAAUCCUGUAUUAUUUUGAAUUUGAACAUUGGUUCUGCACUACUUCUGAAAGAUGUCCUGCAGUCAACUUCUGGGCAGCCUCCUGCCACAGCAGCAUUAAAUGAAAUUGGAAUUUACAAACUGGCUCCACAAGAUGUUGAGAUUCUACUUAAUUUGAGGACAAACUGGCCUAACACUGGAAAAUAGUGCAUCUUCCCCUCCCCGCCUUUUUUGAACAAAGAGGAAGCCAACUGGAUUAAGUUAAACGAUGAAGUUCCGAAUUAAUGAAGCUGGAUAACUGAAAACUUUAUAGAAUCAUUUAUUACCUUUGACUUACAGUGUUAUUAAAAUGCUGACCAUAUUUUCUGAGCCCUUUUGUCCCUAAGAAAACAAAAACAGAAAACUCAGAAGCCAUGGAAACUCAGAUAUAAAUGCUGAAUAUGUGUUAAAUAAAAUACAAGUGCAGAGAUAAUAAAUUAUAACCAAAUUUCAAUUUCCUAUGUUAACUAAGGGAGACUAUUGUGGAUAAUCAAGCACAGCAAAUAAAUUUUAAAAAAAUCACUUUAGAAUGCAUGUUUGUAAUUGAAGUUCCUGUAUCUAGUUUGGAAAUUCACUGUAUUUCUUGUAAGAAAACACAUUAAGAGAUAGUGACUAAAAUAGGAUUGCUCUCAUUUACCACAAAUGUCCUUCCAUUUAAAAUACUUCCUUGUUUUAGUCCACAUGUCUGUGGGCAACCUUUUCUUUUGGAUGAAACAUUUCAGGCCAGAGCACUGUGCUUUAAUCAUCCGAGGGGUAGGGAAUGUAAUUAAACAAUUUUUGUUUAAUACGUAUGUAACUGAUAAUGAGAUGGGAAUAUUAAACUUUCUAACUUUACCUUGG